AUGUUGAAAGACGACAUUAAAUCUCGAUUUACCAAGUCCCUGGGACUUGGAAAAGCUUUCGUGGCCCUCUCCAGAACUUCUUCUCUCACUGUAGCCAGUAUCAAGAAGAAAUUCAAACCAGGUGUAAAGACCUCACAUUUACCCAACAGGGCAAAAGACAAUCUACCCAGUGAGGCAAAAGACAAGAAGCAGAAAAAGCCCACCCUAGCAAAAAAUAAACAAUCCAAGAAGAAAGCUAACAAGAAGAAUUCUAAUCAAAAGAAGUCGGACAAGAGGAGGUCUGAGAAGAGAAAGAAGGUGGAUGACAAGAAAUCAACGAAGGAUAAGCGAACCUUCAAUGUACCUAAGUGUGGAUCGAAAGUACGUAUGGAAAAGAGAACAAGAUCUAGCAAAGUAAAGAAGGUGGUAAACUUGCCAAAAGUCUCUUACAUGAAAUUGAAAAACUUCUUGAAACCAAUUCGCGUUUAUUUUUAUUACACAUACUUGUACCAGCGAUUGGGGAAUCCAAAAUAUCCCCUUUAUGAUAAAGAGUCCUUUCCUUGGACAAAAGAAGGACGAGAACAACAACUUGGACUGACUGGAUUCAAGUUUUUUCACAAACUUCCGAAGGAGAUCCGAUCUAUGAUAUGGAGAGCAACAUUUAACACUCGCAUUGUCGUAGUGGAAGUUAAUAUUGCAAUGGAUACCGAAAUUCGAAAGAUGAAACUUGUUGGAGCACACAUGACCAUCCCACUCGCUUUGAGCGUUUGCCGAGAAAGUCGAGCUGAAGCACUUUUGUGGUACAAAGAUCUGGUCCCCGAACAUGUUAGGCCCAUAUACUUUCAUCCUACGCUUGAUUCCUUCGCAAUCAGAGCAAUGAAGGUUGCUCGUAAUGCAAACCCGAAGAAAAGAUGGGCAGAAGUCACUCACUUCGUCAAAGAUAUUCUGUACUUCCUGGGUUAUAUGGGUUCGCUAUAUCAACAAAUUCCGAAGUUCGUUCGAUGCAUCACUAUCCCGAGGGCAUGCUGGAGUGACGAUCGAUAUUGGGAUACGAGAAUGCAGUUGGCAUGGAAUGAAGGUUGGGGCUAUCAGGGAUUGAAGGAGAUUGUCGUCUUAGAAUUCCGUGACAACACAGGCAAACAUCUCAAGCAUGAGAAGUUUCUUGAAAGUUACUUUGAAAUCAUAACGAGGACGCAUCCUGACUGCGUUGUGCCAAGAAUUCGAAUUAUUCUAGAUCGUUUGGGCCACUUGCCUUACACUAGUCAGUCAUUCCCUGCGAUUAUGGGGGAGGGAAGGUAUGAGGAUAUUGAUGCAAAUCAUGGCGGCCUUCGUAGGUGCAAUUCAUGUUGGGUUAAGUGGUUUGAGUCGGAUUUCUGA